UUUUUUUUUAUAGACCGAAAAAUUAAGAAAUUUGAACGAAAAUUUUAUACGGGUGAUUUGGGGGAGGUCUGCGCGAACUCGUGCUAAUGCUCGCACCGCAUCGCCAGUCUUAUCCAUAAAUAAGCAGUCCCAGGGUUCUUAGGGUUCUUAGAAGUUCUCUCUCUCUCUCUCUCGUUGCGCCGCCUCCAUCGGAAGUCAAAAUGCCUCGCCGUAGCUCUGGAGGAAGACCUGCCGCCCGUGCUCCUCCUCGUCGCUCGCCUGUGCGUAACGCACCUCAACCAGCUAGCCAUGCUCCUCCUCCAGCUCCUGCUCAGGGUGGCAGUGGUGGAUCCAUGCUUGGAGGACUUGGUUCUACCAUAGCUCAGGGCAUGGCUUUUGGUACUGGAAGUGCGGUGGCACACAGGGCAGUGGAUGCAGUGAUGGGUCCGCGGACCAUUCAACAUGAAACUGUUUCCUCUGAAGGGGCUGCUGCCCCAGUGCCUAUGACAAACAAUCCUGGUGGCCCUGAUGCUUGUGGCAGUCAUUCCAAGGCAUUCCAAGAUGUAUGCAAAACUUUCCCUUUCUAUGCGAUUGGAAAAUUUUAUUUGGAUUUACCUGAAAAUUUAGACAGGUUUUUAGAUGUGGCUGUUGUUACAUACUUCUUUGAGGACUUGGCAAUGUCUUGCUUUUUAAGGGAGUGGGUGAUAUAUAACAAUUAAGAGAGGAUGAGAGAAAUGGAAGAGAGAGAAGGGGAAAAAAAUUAGUUGCACUCCUACCUGCAAGGAUAAACAUAGAUACACAGACACACUCAGAAGAUAACUCUAAACUUAACUUCCUUUUGAAAAGCAAGUACACUGUUGAAUAUAAGACUGAGUGGGUGAUAUAUAACAAUUAAGAGAGGAUGAGAGAAAUGGAAGAGAGAGAAGGGGAAAAAAAUAGUUGCAUUCCUACAUGCAAGGAUAAACAUAGAUACACAGACACACACUCAGAAGAUAAAUCUAAACUUCAACUUCCAUUUGAAAAGCAAGUAUACUGUUGAAUAGAUACAAGCUACACAAUAGCCCUAAUUCAUAGGCUACAAAUUUAAAAAUUCUAAGACAAAUAAUAACCUUUUGGAACUCCACUAACCAUAAUAAUGGCCAAAUAAGACUCGAAAUCUUCUCUUAAAUUAGCCUAAUCUCCUGAGAAUCACAAAAAACUGCCAAUAUAUACUUUUCUAAAGCAUCACAAACAUAAAAUUUUCUAAAGCAUCAACUUCUCAAUGUUAGAAACUACUAAUGACCCCAAUAAUCAUCUAUGAGGUCACUCCUAUAAAAGAAAAUAAAAAGAGAAAAUUCCGAGGCAAAUUAAGACAAUUAAAAAAAAAUCGAAUGGUAUCCUCAAUUAUUGAACUUCAGCUUUUGAGCUGGUCUUGUGUUCUACAUGGAUACUUAUUUUAUAAUACCUGAAAAUUGUAGUACAUGGAUGAUUUACAUUUUACAUUUGUUUGUUUUUUGGUGAUUAUGGCCUAACGUGUUGUAGAUAUAUGCUUAUAUGUAUGUUUUAGCAUUUUCUUUCUUUUUUGUUGCAAUACAAAUAAAGUUACAAGGAUUGUGCUGUUUGCUAAGUUGUGCUUGUCACUUAUGACAACAAUUGAGCGACAUAAGUUUUAAGUACCAAUGAGAAUGAAAAUAAUGGCAUGAGUGAGAUGCAUGGAGCUAGAUGCCACAAAAAAUACUGUAUGUUAUUUUUAUUUCCUAUGAUUCAAAAUUUGUGUGAGAGAGAGUCUGUGGUGGGAUAUGCGGGAGAAAACUUGCUGGAAACAGAGAUAAAAAUGUGAGAUAGACCCUUGAUUCAUUCUAUUUCCCAAAUUAAAACCUCAAGGCCAUGCUAGGUCUGCAAAAUGGAUAUUCCAAAGAAGAGAGUGGUUAGAAUAUAAGGAUUUGGUAGUUUACACGAAAAAAUUGUGUUAUCACCAUACAGCAAAUGUCAUAGAAAAUAUAUAUAAUUUAUAUAUAUUUAUUUGAAUCCAUAACAUGAAAUAAACAUGGAAUGACUAUUUUCUGAUUUCACCAUGGGAAUGUGUACUCAAAUCCUAUUCUAUGUUAGAUGGACGAACACUAAACCUUUUCAUGGUGACAUUUUUCUUUAUUACAUUCUCAUCAUAUUUCAUUUUAUUCCUGAAUAGAUCUUCUGCAAAUCAAACAUAAUCUAAAAUUCUAGAAAUAUUCCAUAAAACUAUUUCAUAAAUAUGAUUCUUAAAUAAACACUCGGUAAGAAUAUUGCAGAUGCAGUUUCAUUAUAGUUUCCUAUUAUUUUUAUCUUCUGGCAAUUCAUGGAAAAAAUAUUUCAAUUUUGUAUGAAAUUUGAACUUUUUUAAGUUAUUGUGAAAUUGAAAGAUGGCUUUGUCGUGAUGUCAUUUUCUUUUUAUUUCUUUUUGAUGGUUGGUUAUCUUGCAGUGUUUGAACUUCUACGGGAGCGACAUCAGCAAGUGCCAGUUUUAUUUGGAUAUGUUGUCCGAGUGCAGGAAGAACUCUGGUUCUAUGAUGAGUGUCUAAGUUAUAUCCUUGCUCUUUGAAUGCACUGGAGUAUCAAUAUCCAAUUUUUCUUCUGCUCUUAAAAUUUGGAAACAUAUGGCUGUGAUGAUAUGCGAACUAGUAUUCUGUAGUGAUUCAGAUUUGCAUCAAUAAGGUUGAUUGACAACUCCCAAA